AUGUCUUCUCACAAGACUUUUAGAAUCCAACCAUUCCUGGCCAAAAAGCAAAAGCAGAACUGUCCGAUUCCUCAUUGGAUUCAGAUAAAGACUGGUAGUAAAAUCAGGUACAACUCCAAGAGGAGACACUGGAGGAGGACCAGUCUGGGGUUGUAA